UUAUGCACUUCAAGUUACAGGUACUUUCAACUGGUGCAAUUUGCUGAAGUGGAAGCGAAUAUGAAUGCUGUAGAACGUCUUGUAUAUUAUUCAGAAUUACCGAAUUUUGAAGCUGAACCAAUAAUUUUAGAUCAUAUACUACCGCCAGAAUGGCCCGUUAAAGGAGAAAUACACGUUAAAGAUUUG